AUGACUACAAUCAUUGAUUCUUCUCUUUCAUCAUCAUUAUCACAAUUCGAAAACAAUGUACACUUGACUGAACGUGUAAAGGUACUAUUAACAACAAGUGAAGAUGAGCAAGCCAUUGGAUCUAUUUAUUCAUAUUGGUUCGGUGAAAAUAUUGAUACAUGGUCUAAAAGUUAUCCAUUAAAUACAAAAUUAUGGUUUAAAGUCGAUGAACAAGUAGAUCAAGAGAUCAAAGAUAAGUUUGAAAAAUUUUUAAUCAAUGCUACAAAUGAAAACAACAACUUCUACCGGGAUUGGCAAACAACAACUCGAGGCAAACUCGCUUUAAUUAUUUUAUUCGAUCAAUUUUCUCGAAAUAUCUAUCGUGGUACACAAAAAAUGUUUGAAUUCGAUCCGUUAGCUCUUAAAUUAGCGCUUGAAAUUGUCGAUGACCCAACGCAUGUCACAUUAUACAGCUUACCAGAACGUAUCUUUGUUUAUCUUCCACUUAUUCAUUCCGAGAAUCUCAUUUAUACAACAAAAGGUGCUAGCCUAACAAAUGAUCUUGUAUCACAAGUAACUCAACGUGAUUUGCGUAAACGAUAUGCUGCAAAUGCUCGAUCAGCAAAAACUCAUCAACAAAUCAUCGAAUUAUUCGGUCGUUAUCCACAUCGAAAUAAUAUUCUUGGACGAGAAUCCACUAUCGAAGAGGAAAAAUAUUUAAAAACAGCACGUAAUGGAUUUGUACAAUCUGUUCAGCCGAUCAAAUCAGCAGUAGAAGAACCUGUCAAUAAAAAUGAAAUACCAUGUUCAAUACAAUUAAAACAUCCUCGUCUAAAGAUACUCGUUCUACAUAGUUUUCGUCAGAAUGCCAAUAGUUUAAAACGUAGUGCGAAGAAACUCUUUACGGAGUUAAAAGAUACAGCAACAUUUUAUUUCGCCAAUGCUCCAUUACCAUAUAGUCCGACAAGUGAAGUGAAAGAACAAUUAAUAGCUGCUUUUGGGGAUGAAAAUUUACCUGAAACAACUUAUCAACGACAAUGGUGGAAUGCUUCAACAGAUAGCAAAACUUAUCAUCACUUAGAUGUUUCAUUACAUUAUAUUGAUAAACUAUUUCAAUCAGAAGGUCCGUUCGAUGGAAUAUUUGGUUUUUCACAAGGAGCUUGUUUAGGUGGAAUUUUAUCUGGAUUACAACCAUUUGGUAAUAUUUCGUUUGAUUUUACCAUAUUAAUCUCUGGAUUUACUUCUCGAGAGGAAUGCCAUGAACAUUUAGUGCAACCAAACUCAAUAAAGAAUCUAUCUUCCUUACAUAUUUAUGGAGUCAAUGACAUUCUAGUUAAUAAUGACCGAACGCUAAAGUUAGCAGCUGCAUUUGAAAAUUCUAUUGUUCUUUCACAUCCUGGUGGUCAUUUUACACCAAAUACAUGGCCAAAUGCUAGAAUCAAACAAUUUUUAAUUGAACAACAAGAUCGUUUAUCAACUAAACAAGGUAGAACAACAAAUAUUGAUAUAGGUCAGUUCGAAUCAUUAAUAACAUUUGAAGAGAAACUAAAAGCAACAAUUUUAUAUCAUCAAAAACGACUAUCCACUUUACCAGCCACUGAACGAAAUCAUGAAAAAUUACCGGUUAUUCCUAUCGGUCUAUCAAAACCAAUGGAUCAACAAAAUAUUGAAAUCAUUAUUGAAAAUAUCGAUAAUUAUCUAAUCGAUGAUGUUAUGUUACUCGUUUGGUGUGAACGAACAACAUUUCACAAUAGUGAACCUAAAGUCGAUAACGAGAAAAAUAUUAUAUCAUCGUUUUUUCGACAUUGGAUUUUAUUACAUUUGAAAAAACCUGAUGAAAUAGUUUCUUUGUAUUUAAAUGCCAUUUCAAAAUAUGGUGGUUGGGGAGAUUUAAAGACUUUAUAUGUAAUUGCUGAUCAAAUGGAAAGCGAAUUUGUAACUGAAAAAAUAUUGUUCGAUAAUUUGAAAGCAACAUGUGUGAAAAUAUUUGGUGAUCAAUUAAAACACGAUUAUCAUAUUGUUGUAAAUCAACCAGAUGAAUCUGCAAAUGAUAGAGAACAAGAAAAAAUUAUUAAAAAGCAAGAAUGGAUUAGCAAUUGUGCUAAAGAAGCCCCACGAAUAUCCAAUAAACGUACAAAACCAAGGACAAUUAUGGCAAAAGAAAUUGCUAAAUAUAUGCAGCCUAUUUCCAAUACUAAUAAUAAAACUGAAAAACAAUUGACUGCUAAUAAAUGUUAUGCUUAUCAAACUUACAAACGACUUAUUUCAUCAAUUUGUCAUGUAUUAGAGAAAGCAUCACCAACUUUCAUCGAUGAACAAAUGAGAUCAAGAACUCGAAAGGAUCGGGCAUUUCAAUAUACAAAAGAACAACGAGAACAAUUAUUAAAGGCUCCACCUUCACUCUAUAUAACCAAUCCUGAACCAGUACCAGAAGAAUUAGAACCAUUAUUGGAACAUUUGAAAUUAAAUAAACCUGGACCAAGUAAUGAUCAACAAUCGAUUGUUUUCUCGCGUGGUACGAUCAUGUCCAGUGGACGAUUAGAUUUAUGCAAACAAGUUGUUGGUCCACAAGGUAUACAACCUUUACUUAACGCAAUGAAAAAUAGUUCAGUGAUUAAUCGAUUAUUGUUAGGAAAUAAUAUUGUCGGACUUUCCGGAGCUCAAGCUAUUUCUCACUAUAUUCGUUUCAAUAUUGACUCUAAUAUUGAUACAUGGUACAUUGCUGGUAAUCAUUUCGAUAGUGAAUGUAUAUCAUUGAUAUGUGAUGCAUUAGCAACCGAUACUAAAGUUAAAGCACUUUGGUUAAAACGAAAUCCAAUCUUAGUUAAUGGUGUUGUACAUAUUGCUCGAAUGUUAACAACUAAUAAUUUCUUACAAACAUUAGAUUUAUUGAAUACUGGUUUAUUAGAUGAGGGUUGUGAAAUAUUAUUUAAUGCUUUUAAAUCAAAUCACAGUAUAAAACAUUUGUAUAUUGAUACCAAUGGUCUAACUGUUAAAAGUGGACAAAGUAUACGUUUACAUUUUGAACAAAAUGAUAAUCAUUUAGAAACUCUGUAUAUAUCGUGCAACGCCUUGGGUGAUGAAGGUACUUGUGAAAUUGCUGCAGGAUUAAAACAUGAUAAACGUCUGAAACGACUUGGCUUAGCAUCAAAUUGUAUCGGUGCCGAUGGUGCACGAGCGUUAGUCGAUGCACUUAUAAAUCAUGUAUCACUUGAACAAUUAAAUCUUGGUUUUAUGAAAGCAACCAUCUUGCUUGGUGGUUUGGACAAUGUUAUCGGAAAUGGAGGUGCAGCAGAAAUCAGCAGAUUAAUUCGAUUAAAUCAACAUAUUCGUUCGAUUGAUCUUACAUUUAAUGGUAUUUCACAAAGAGGAUUAAUACUAUUAAGAGAUGCAUUGAAAGAAAAUCGAACUCUGACAACUUUGAAAAUAUUACAAUUUGGACAAGUACAUAAUGAAAUAACAAAGGAAGAAAUAAAUACAAUGAUUGAACAAAAUAAAAUCGAAUGGGGAAAACAAGUACUUAGUAAUGAUAUUAUUAAUGGCUCGUCUCUCUCAAAACUUGAAUGUUUAGAAAAAGGUCAACAAUUAAAUGAUGAAAUCAAUUUUCCUGAACAUGUUAAGGAAAUAAUUAGUUAUUACAGAACACAUUAA